CGAAUAUCUACCUGCAUACUCGGGCACCGGGACACGGCGAGAUUUACGGCGUAGCUGACAAAUCUGGCACCGGAUCGCUUUCCCAAUCCGUCAGCCUCCCACUCUGCCGGUCGCCGCGCCGUACAAGCUACUGCACUCGACCUCGUUUCUCCCGGACAUCGCGCCACCACCUUCAGCUCUACAGCUUUUGCACUGGACGUUGAUCGCGACGACCCGUACGAGAUGGUCCAGCUAUAUGGCGCCGCUCAAGGGCACGCAGAACACGGGGAGAGCGUAGAUGUCGAGCCGCGGGCGUCGCGCGAGGAAGACGCGCUCCUAGGCACAGAGGCCACCGCGAGGAAGCCGAAGAGGGAGGGGCACGCGACGCUGUCGAGCAGCAUAAGCAAUUUGGCGAACACGAUCAUAGGAAGCGGCAUGCUCACAUUCCCUUUGGCCCUGGCAUCCGUUGGAAUCAUACCCGGGAUGAUCACAUGCCUGUUCUCGGGAGGCGUCGCGGCGUUCGGUCUCUAUCUGCUCUCCCUAUGCGCCGCCAAGGCUCCUCAUAGACGAGCCUCAUUCUUUGCUGUGGCGGAGCUGACGUUCCCGCGCGCUGCGGUGUUCUUCGAUGCUGCCAUUGCAAUCAAAUGUUUCGGUGUCUCCAUCAGCUACCUCAUCAUUAUCAAGUCACUCAUGCCUAACGUUGUUGCGGCCCUCUAUCAUGAUCUAACUUCGGCGGAAACAAACCCUCCCGCCUGGAUGCUGUCUGGACAGAAUUGGAUCACUAUCCUCAUGAUACCCUUGAUACCCUUGGCUUUCCUUCGGAAGCUAGACAGCCUUAGACAUACCAGCUACAUCGCACUAUUCUCCGUCGCAUAUCUGGUGGUUAUUGUCGUUGCCUGCUACUUCUUCCCGCUAAAGGGUACACAAGCACCGGGCGAGAUACAUCUCAUACACUUCACUCCGAAUUUCGUCUCUACGUUUCCAGUACAGGUCUUUGCCUACACGUGCGCACAGAACCUCUUCCCUAUAUUCAACGAGAUCUCGUCGAAUACGCAGAAGAGGAUGAACAUCGUCAUUGGGUCUUCAAUUGGAUCAGCAGCUAUGAUUUACGAGAUCAUCGCCGUGUUCGGGUAUCUGACGUUUGGUUCUAAAGUCGGCGCCAACAUCAUUGCGAUGUACCCGUCCACGUCACUCUUCAUAGCCAUUGGCCAGCUAGCGAUUGCCAUCCUCGUCAUGUUCUCGUACCCCCUCCAAGUCCAUCCCUGCCGAAACUGCCUAGACAAGGUAUUCCAUGCGGGUCACGUUGCAAGUAAACAAGCCGGCGAUGCGGAGGACGAGGAACCCGAGGAUGAACACGGCGGCAGCCAAGACAUGAGCCCCCUGAAGCACACGUUACUCACUAUCGCGAUCGUUGCGAGCGGUUUCACCAUUGCCUACUUCGUAGACGACCUGCAGAUGGUGCUCUCUUUCGUGGGUUCCACCGGGUCAACCACGAUUUCGUUCAUCCUGCCUGGACUGUUCUACUGGAAGCUUUCGCAUAAUGAUCCGAAUUCGAACAAGACGCUGUCCAGAGCAGCGCUGGGUUUAGCGAUCUACGGCAUCUUCAUCUUCACGUUCUGUCUGAGCUUCAACAUCUAUCAAGUGCUGCGUUCGUCGCCGACGGUGCACUGAGC